AUGGGACCAAACAGUCGUCUUCAAGAACCGCUUUGCCUAAGAAGUGCUCACUUAAUGCCAGCGACAGAAACACUGCCAAAAGUCUUCAGUAAAGAAUGGUUCGCACCGUUCAUAAGUCUUCGGCCAGCGUUUCGGGCAUCGGAUCCGACGCUAUUCCCGAAGGGAUCGGACUAUCACUUGGGUUCGGGAGUCAUAAUAGACAAGCGGGGGUUUGCGGUCACCACUGGAGCCUCGAUGUCCUCCUAUACUAAAGUGUCCGUACGUUUGGGUGACGGCCGCGAAGUGAUGGGAAAAGUGAUCAAAAGGUUUUGGGAAAUAACGCUCAUUAAGUUAGAGGGAGACGAGUGGCCGGCCGUGGCUUUUGGCGAACCGGGAGUGUUAAGAGUGGGCGACGAAGUGUUGGCCGUCGGCAGCCCUAAGCCCGGUCUGAGCGGUGCGCUCACCGACGGUGUGAUCGCCGCGCCGGACAUCACAGGCGACCAAAUCUCUGAGAUUAAAGUGGAUUACUUUAAACAAUUGCUUUACAUUCAACACACGGCUCCCCUCACGAGUGUAGACUCGGGCGCCGCUCUUGUCGGCCGAGACGGACGCAUUUUGGCCGUUAAUUUUGCCCAACACUGGCUAACAGACAACUACGCCCUACCCGUCAAUAGUCCGCUAUUCAACAAUAUCAACACAGAUAUUGACGAUUAUUGGGAUCAGAUGGAGACCCGAGUGGACCGACCACUAGGUCUUGUGGUCCACUGGUUGGACGACAAGUUACGCACAGCGUUACGAAAUGAUGCCGAUUAUAGUCACGUGAAUAUUCCGAUGGCCAGCGGUAUUAUCAUUUGGUGGAUGACCAGCGAGUUUCAAAAUAAUUGUCUUACGCAAGACGUGGAGCUGAAUCUGUUUGAUGUGAUAAUUGGCAUCAAUGGUAAUGAUGUUCAAUCGAUGGACGACUUUUACUUGGCUAUGGAUGCGCUCAAAUCGGGACAAAACAUUAUCCUAUCGAUGAAUACCGGCGAUGAUUGGGUGGUAACACCGGAUGUGCUGAAGAGACAGCAAGUUGUGACAGCGAUUCCAGCGAUUGGACUCACACUUCAACACAAUAGACAACAAUCGCGACGAAAUCAAUGGACAGACAAUCGCUUCAGACAUUGGUUUGGCUUUAAGAGGGCUCAUAUGGCAAAAGAGUUCAGCCCCGAGUGGUUUAAGCCGUUUGUGACAAUUAGACCCGUAUUUAAAUCAUCCAAUUAUGCGGACAACAAAGCGCUACCGUAUUUGUUGGGCUCGGGUUUUAUAAUCAACAAAAGGGGUCACGUUAUCACCGCAAUGGAUGUGGUCUCAAAGCACGAAGAGUUUAUCGUGCGAUUAGGCGAUGGCCAGGAAGUGAUGGGAAGGCGACUCUAUAAUACGGGAGAUGUGUUUCAAACAGCAAUGAUAGCGCUGGUGGGCCGGGAGGGCGACUAUCCCUGUGUGGAAACUUCACCCGAUUAUGCAAACCUUGGAAUAGGCACUAAGAUCUUUGUGGUGGGCUGUCCUCGAUAUGGUCUCUAUAAUCACGUGACCGACGGUCCGGUCAUUAAUGUUAAGCAAACGAACAAAGAAAUUCAGGCAUUCACUAAUGUAAAGCACGGCAUAUUUAAAGCGAUGACCAUGAUACAACACUCGGCACCGGUUGGCAAACAUGAAAAGGGCACCGCUUUGGUGAACGCCGCGGGCAAAGUGCUCGGCAUCAAUGCCUUUCACUACAAUCUCAAUUACAACAUCGCGUAUCCCAUUAAUGAUAUCAUUAAGAUUCACUCGGAUUAUAAAUCGCAAACAUCGGGACCGCCGUUGGGACUCAUUGUCCUGCAACUGACGCCCGGCCUGAAGGACAAGCUUAAGGAUCCCAAGAUUGCCGACGGGAACGGGAUUCUGGUCUACGGUUUUGUGGAUAAUGCGAGUCCACUCUGGACUUCAAACGACGUCCGGGAAUACGAUGUGAUUACACACAUCAAUGGCCACGAAGUGAAAGCGAUGGACGACUUCUAUCGAGCGGUCGAUGAAUACAAAUUAAGUCAAACCAUAAGACUUACGUUGAAAAGAGAUGGUAGAGACAGAACUGUGGCCGCACUCGUCAAACCGCGCAAUCAGCCCAGUGUUGAGCCCUUUGCCUUUGUUUAA